AUGUGGCUCGGCCGGCUGGUCGCCAACGUCCUCAGAGACGACUCUGUCACGCCCACAAACCGCGAGGCGAAUCCCCCGCCAGAGCCUCCCAGUGUCCCCACUUCGGAGCGCGCGUCCUCGCCCCAUCGCGCGAGAGCCUCCGGCGCCUUUCCUUGUCCACUUCUCCCGUCGACGCCGUCUCCCGACUUUGCCUCGACAGAGGCGCCAUCGCUGACUCCUGCCUGCCUCCCUUCCUUAACGCAUCUGUCUCCGUAUGUCCCUUCUCCCCCCGCGUCUCCCUUCUCUGCUGACGCCCUUUCUGCUCAGCCAGCGUGGGGACGACCUGCGACAGAAAGAGCAGAAUGGAGAAAAGCAGCGAACAGCGGAAGAGGGUCGAGCAACGAAGGAAUCGAAGGAGACGGAGACGCGUGGGCCUUCGAGGAUUUCGAUGUCGACGGUGACAGCCCCAGCAGUGCCUUGGCGCGGGAAGCGACAGGACCGUUCUCUCAUGAGGGCCGAGACGAAACCCAAGCAAGUGUUCACCUUCCAUCGUCUUCUGACCCGCAACACAACUACGCCCUUGGGUCGACUCUUCUUCCUUCCUCGUCUUCCGCUCCGUCCGCAUCUUACGUUCCUUCCGGUUCUGCUUCUUCUCAAUCGUCCUCUCUGUAUCCCGCCUCUUCUGUCCCGUCUUUCUCUUCUGCCCCGGCGUCUUCAGCUUUUCCGUCUCACCCGGCGCCGUCCCACGCAGACUCCGUGCCCGCAGCGUGGGGCUGGGACGAUGAUUUUGAGGAAGCGCCGGAAGGGGGUGAAGCAGAGAAAGGUGAGCACGAGGACUUCACACCCCAGGAGACGCCCGUCCCUGCGUCGCACACGCUGCGCAGGACAGAAACCCCGGAGGCGGCGCGCACGCGAUCUCCCUGCGCGUCGCCAGGCGCUCCCCUGUGUGCAGCAGUUUCGACCCUUCCCCAGGAAGAAGGGACGCGAAAGUUCGCCGAGGAAGAGCGGGAGAAAGACGCACAGCGCGAGACAGAAGGAGAUACGGCACUCUCCCCGUCCUCGCCUUACUGCGAGCCUCCUGUCUCGUCCGUGAAACCAGAAGAGACCGAGCACGGCUCUGUUUGGAACACAGAUCUCGACCUCGAGGCCGAAGGAGCAGAUAGUCUGGAGGGGAACAUCGACGGAAGUUCGUCCUUCUCUUCGCUCGUGACGAAAGACAAAAGUCUUUCUGCGUCACAUGCACCCCUUGUUUAUGCUGCCUCGUCUCCUUCCUGCGAUGCUCCUCUCCCUCCUUCUUCUCUCCCUCCUUCUUCUCUCCCUCCUUCUUCUCUUCCUCCUUCUUCUCUUCCUCCUUCUUCUCUUCCUCCUUCUUCUCUCCCUCCUUCUUCUCUUCCUCCUUCUUCUCUUCCUCCUUCUUCUCUUCCUCCUUCUUCUCUUCCUCCUUCUUCUCUCCCUCCUUCUUCUCUCCCUCCUUCUUCUCUUCCUCCUUCUCUUCGACCUUCGGUUUUUUCUCCUUCCUCUCUUCCUCCCUCUUCUGUUCUUUCUUCUUCCGCGAACCCACCGCUGUCUAACUCAGUCUCUCCUGUCGAUUUGGGCUCUGCUUGGGACGUCGACUUCGACUUUGAAGAAUCUGCGCACGGCGCGUCUUUUGCGGGGGGCGAACGCAGAGGAGAGGAGACGGAAUUUCGGGAAUCCGCAGGCAGCGCAGAUCCCGCCGAAGCCCUCGAAAGGCCUACCAGCUGGAACGUGGACUUCGCUGUAGAGACACCCGAGGACUCGAGUCGCGUCGCAGAAAAGGGAACUGGAGAGGGGCAAAAGGCGGGAGGAGACGAGGCGCGAGCCGGAACCCGCCCGGACGAUGGUCUGCCUUCGUCGACGUUCCAGGAAGAGGUACUCCUGCCUCCCUCGCCAACACUCGACAGAGAGAGUUUGGUUUUUCGCGCAGAGGCGCGUGUCCCCGACGCUCAGGCGGAGCCGAGCGCGGGGCCCAGGGGCGAGGAGAGGGCGGGUGAAAGCGUGGAAGAAGCAGAUGCGGCGCGAAGCAGGCCGAACGCGCUCUCUCAGUCUUCUUCUCGAGCAGCCUCCGUCGACAUCUCGCCUUCAUGGAAUGUCGACUUCCCCCUCGAGGAGUCGGGUUCCCACGCUUCGCACCAGCCUGUUCCAGAAAGCGAAGGCGACGGCAGCGGGGAAAGUCGAAUUGGAGACGGAAGAGGUUUGUUUCCUCUGGGCGACGCGGUGGAGCUUCCCAGUGAAUGGGACGUCGAGUUUGAUCUCGAGGUGCCGGGGGAGGCGCGCGACGGGCCGGACGAGGGAGAGAAAGACAAACACGUGGAGGAUCCGUCAGAGCGAGAGGAAGCAGACGCGUUUCCGCUGGAGAGCCCAGAGAGAACUGCAGAAGGAUUUUGGAGCGGUUUCGAAAUCGACUUGGCCAGUGCGCCGCCUUCGCCUCACACUGGAACAGCAAGAAGACCAGACGAGCAAACGGCAGAAAAACGCCGAGAAGGGGUUGAGAACGGAGACCAAGAGGGAGAGAAAGAAGGCGAGAACAGACAGAGUUCAGGUGACGGUCUUAAGUCUGUUUCGGUGGACGUCGCUGCUUGGGAUGCCGAUUUUGAUGUUUCCGAUACUUCUGAGGAGCUGCGCAUAGAAGAGAGAGACGAAGAGAACUCGCAGGCACAGCCGCGAGAAGGAGGGGUAGAAGAAGGGAACAAAGGGUCAGGGAGUGGGAACAGAUUUCUCCGCGACGAGCGAGAAGGAAGCACUGGAGACCGUGCGGCCGCUCCCCUCAGAGAGCGCGUCGCUGCGCCUGAAUAUCCGUAUGCUGCUCCAGUAGGACGUGAUGAGGAGACGGCGCGAGGCGCAGAGAGAGCGGGAGAACACGAAGGAAAGCGAGAAGACAGUGAGGACCAGAUCUCUUCCCUUCUUGAGGAGGGAGGACAGGGAGGAGCCGAGAAGGCGCCACAGGCAGCGGAGCUUGACUUCGAGGCCUGUCUCUCUCCACGGCUUCCUGCGGCGGUGGCCGCGGACGGCCGUGGCGAGGACGGAGCAAGCGAGAAGGGAAACGCACUGGCAAACAGUGCCGGAGACGAAUCGAAGGACGAAGGCCUGCAUCGCAUGGAAGACGCGGAGACACCCAGACGGGAGAGUGUCGGUCUCGGUCAAUCCAGAUUCAACGGAGAAGAGACGCCAGGCAAAGGAGCCACCGCAACGAAAGAAGAAGAGAGCGAAGAAGCCGGCGACGGAGCGAACGAAGAGUUCGAAGAGGACGGGAAUCGUUUUGGGAACGUCGAGGACAGGGGAGAUGGGCAAGGAGGGACUGUUCGUUCUUUGUUUUUCGAAGAAGACGGAUUAGGAGAGAACGAGAUGGAGCCGGCACAGCGUGGAGAGCAGGGCUGGGCCUCGGAGAAAAAUCUCUUCUCUUCGAACUCCCCUCGUUCGUCUGCAGGAACUUUCGCCUGUCGUUCACCUCAACAACUUCGGCCUCCUCCAGGACAGUUCCAGGGCUCCUCUCCGUCGCCGUUUGUUUCUCUCUCUGUUCCCGUCCAAAAAGACGUCUCCGCUCUUUUCGCUCCAACAACGCCGUCUCUAUCUGUAGAUGGAUCCUCUACUUCCCUUCCCUACUCGGUCCCCGCCUCAGACCGCGUCCUGCCUCCUUUCCCCGAAGAAAGAGUUCCUUCCCUCUCUUCUUCAGUGCGUGCUUCUGCCUCUUCCUGUCCUUUCUCUUCCUCCUCUUCCUCGUCCUCGUCUUCCUCUCCUUCCUCUCAUGCCUUAACCGAUGUGUUUCCUGUCUCGCUCCACGGCCGCGCUGGUGCGCCUGGAGCUGAGGUGGUGGGAGAGACAGAGGAGGAACAGAGGAGACACGAAGAAGAGCGAGACCGAAAGAGAAAAGAAGAUGAAGAGAGAGAAAUAAAGCGGCAGGAAGAUGAAGAGAGAGAAAGAAAGAGACAGGAAGAUGAGGAGAGAGAAAGAAAGAGGCAGGAAGAAGAAGAGAGGGAAAGGAAGCGACAGGAAGAUGAAGAGAGAGAAAGAAAGAGGCAGGAAGAAGAAGAGAGAGAAAGAAAGAGGCAGGAAGAUGAAGAGAGAGAAAGAAAGAGGCAGGAAGAUGAAGAGAGAGAAAGAAAGCGGCAGGAAGAUGAAGAGAGAGAAAGAAAGCGGCAGGAAGAUGAAGAGAGAGAAAGAAAGCGGCAGGAAGAUGAAGAGAGAGAAAGAAAGAGACAGGAAGAAGAAGAGAGAGAAAUAAAGCGGCAGGAAGAUGAAGAGAGAGAAAGAAAGAGACAGGAAGAUGAGGAGAGAGAAAGAAAGAGACAGGAAGAUGAGGAGAGAGAAAGAAAGAGGCAGGAAGAAGAAGAGAGGGAAAAGAAGAGGCAGGAAGAAGAGAGGGAAAGAAAGAGGCAGGAAGAUGAAGAGAGAGAAAGAAAGCGGCAGGAAGAUGAAGAGAGGGAAAGAAAGCGGCAGGAAGAUGAAGAGAGGGAAAGAAAGCGGCAGGAAGAAGAAGAGAGAGAAAGAAAGCGGCAGGAAGAAGAAGAGAGAGAAAGAAAGCGGCAGGAAAAAGAAGAGGAGAGAGAGAGGGAGUUUGAAGAGCGAGAAGCGGAGCUGAAGGCAAGCAUUCUGCAACUUCAGAGAAAAUACGAAGAGUCUGUUGAGCGGUGGGCGAGAGAGCGGGAAGAGCGAGAGGGCCGGUUAGCGCAGGAAUGGGAGAGGAAACUGCAUGCGGUGGAAGAGACGAAUCGGACUGUCUUACUUCAAGAGAAGUCUCGUCUGAAGCAAUGUGGGGAGGAAAACGCCAAGUUGAAAAUGCAGGUUGAUCAGCUGUCACGCGACGUCCUUUCUCUCCAAGCCCAGCUUGUUGUCUCAGAGGAGGACCGCGAGAAGAAGCAGCGGCUGCUCGAGACGAUGAAGAAGCGAGAGGAAGAAGAGAGGGUGCACGAAGAGAGAGACACGAAGAGAAGAGAGGAGCUUCGGAAGGAGCGCGAAGCGUUCUUCCUUCUUCUCGAGAGAGACAGAGAAGACUUGAAGAAGCAUCUCUCCCCUGCUCUCUCAGAGCUGCAGGAGGGCCUCCAACGAUGGAGACAGCAAUGGGAAGGAAGAGCGAAGGAGGCGGCGGCGAUCCGGAGGAGAGGAGCCGACGAAAACGCUCGGCUCGCGAGCGAACUGAUGCAAGUGAAGGCAGAACUCGAUCAGGAGAGAAGACAACACCGGGACAGGGUCACCCUGCUCUUCAAAGAAAAAGAAGGUUCGUGGCCUUUUUUUGUGCUGCGAGAAAGAAAGGCAUGCUUUUCCGGGGCUGAGCCGCUCAAACGAGGAAAUUGGAAAGUCGUCGAUCGAUUUUGCGGUGCCCCUUUCCUCAGGCGAGUUGCAACAAGAGCGCGACGAGCGGCGGCGCCUCGCGAGACAGCUGCAAGCGGUUCUGCGCAUGCAAGGAAAGACGAGGAGGGCGCCGAGAUGCAGAAGAGCGUCGAGGCGAUUGAAGCGAAAUAUUUUGCUGCUGAGCUGCAGAGAUGCAGGUGCGUCUUCUCCACGAUGCAUGUCUGCCAUGGAGGCUUGGAAUGCAGAGAAGGCGGAUCUUCUUCGUAUUCACGAGGAGCGCGAACGGCAAUUUGCGAGAUCCAGUCGCUUGCGGCAGCGGGUGCGGAGGAACGCGCGUGCUGUGACAAGCUGUUGAAGGUCAACGAAGAACUGGCGCAAGAAAUGGAGAAACUGGAAGGCGCGCGCGAGGAACUGGAAACCAAGGAGGCUCUGGAGGAAGAAGAGAGGCGAGAACGGCUGCGGCGGCAAAUCUUCGAGUUGCAGUGCGAGUUGCAGCAGCGAGAGAAAGAAAAUGGUCAUCUGCGCACGCUGUUGCGUCUUCUCGACCAAGAAGAAGAACCGCUCUCUUCUCCCUUUAACCUUCAGUCCUCCGCUUCUUCUGGCCCUCGCCAACCGCAGCCUGGCGUUUCGCAGUCGUCGCUUCCGGGUCCGUCGUCUCGCGCGGUCGACGGCCCUUCGAAAACCGUCCCCCACCUGUCUUCCUCGGUCCCUGUCCCGUCGCCUGUCGCCUAUGCGUCGAGCGGCAGUGGUGACCGAGGCUUGAGCGGAGCGUCGCGGCCAGAUCCAGCACAGGGAGGCCAAGUCUCCCUCUGUCCUGUCUCUUCGCAGGAGUCCCUGCAGACGGAGACAACACCUCCGGGGUCCGUGGACGCCUCUGCCCGCGCCCCCGCCAGCCGAGCAGCCUUCCUUGGACCCUCGUUCAGUCCUCUGCAAGCCCCACAGGAAGAGCGCAUGGGCAUGGCCGCAGGACUGGAGCGAGCGCGAGAAGAAGCGAGAGGAAGAGGCGCGCACACAGGAGACACUCUGGGCCCCGCCGCGUCUGCCGUGAGUGUCGCCUCCGCAGCCGCGGCAGUCGCCACCUCCCUCGCGCGCUCAGCCUUUGCCGGGGCCUUUUUCGGAGGACGCGAGGCGCAGAGCCUGGAUGCCCUGCAGAAGCAUUUGAAAUUCCAGAGAGAGACCGAAGAGCGGGAAAGAAUCGAAAGAGAACGACGAGAAAGAGAAGAGAGAGAACAAAGGGAAGUGAGGGCAAGAGCAGAGAGGGAAAGAACGGAAGAAGCGGGAGGGGUGGGACGCGAGACAGAGAAAACAGGAUGGGAAGAAGAUUUCGAUUUUGAUGAAGUGAACGACACCUUCGUCAACGGCGCAAAUGACGACGGGGCUUCCGCAGUUUCCAGCGGGGGUUCUGGGAUACGGGGCGCCCCGUCUGCAGUCCGUUCUGCAUCCGCUCUCCAAAACGCAGCUGCCUGUACAGCUGGAGGUGAGCGGACGCUGUCGUGUCUCCCCGGGAGGCCAACGGGCCUUUCGGCACCGCAUUGUCAGCCUGUCUCGUCCAUUUGUCAUCAAAACGCACUGACCAUGCAAACCGCCUUUGCCCCUCAAGACCCGCUACAGAAUAAAGAACAAGCAGGAGAGACGGGCGACCGGCUGUACGGCGACGUUCCGAACCAAGUACGGAGCUUGUCGACUCCACAGGCUGCGGGAGGAUGGGGAAACGAUCAAGAUUUCGACUUUUCCGAGGACGAAUUCACCCAAGAGAAUGAAGAGAAGAACGCGGCUCCCCAAACCCCUUCGGCGGCCUCGACUUCACUGCAUGCCUUUGUGCCUCACCGCACUGAAGAUCAGGCGCUUCCUCCGUCGCUGUCGCCGCGCCUCUCCGCCGUGCGCUGUGGAGGAUCUCUCGCGCCUCGUAGCCCCGACGCCACUCCCCUGUUGGCGCCAGUGUCUCCUGUCUCUUCUGUGGGGUUUCUCGCCGUUUCCCGGUCGUUGGAGCAGCAGAGCGUCAAGGACCCGCGUGGCGAAAGUGGGGCUCGGGAUGUCACUGGAAAUGAGCAUCCGGCCGCAUGCAACGUUGGUGUGGGUGCCUACGGGCAGACACCGGUGGAAGGAAAGCAAAUUGGACAUGAAAGACGUCACGAUUUCGUAUCUCAAGAGUCGUCUUGGAAAACCCCCUCCCUGGGACUUCCGCCUACCUCGGGCCGAGAGGAAACUCCUGCUUUCGCCCAACCCACAGAGCCACGCGCUUCGCCCACAUACACCUCCGGGCCGUCGGCGCCGGGGCCGCAGGUGUCUAGACACCCCGCAGCGGGAGGCGUGCACGGGGGGGUUUUUUCUGCGGUUCCAGUUCCUGCACAUGAACAGACGCGGCUUGGCGGAGGUCCAUUCCGUUCGGCGGCAAGCGGCUUCGUAGAGGAGAGGCUGCACGCGGGAUCCGGCGUAGGAGACAGCACGCAUGCGUUUCAAAGUGUGUGUCGGGAGCCUGCCGACGUCGCUGCACUUCCCUCUAGCAUGCAAAUGCCUCCUUCGAACUUCCGGGCAAAGUGCACGGGGUCAGCUGAGUUCCACGCAAACGCCCCUAAUUCAGCGGAGCCCGGCGUGCCUGCUCAACCGCCCCGACGGCUGGUGCUGGCGGGUCAGGGGGCGUCAAGGGGGGCGCUUGGUCCCGCGUGGGCCCGCGAGGCCGCGGUCCAGGACAUAGACCUGGAAGACUUUCUCAAUAGCUGA